AUAAUUUAAAAAUGCCUGGAGGCAAACCUGUCAAGAAACCUAUUAAUAACCAUAGCGUCAAGCCUGAUAGGAAAAGGGAUAAUUUCGAUGAUUUUAAUAAGAAUGAAUAUGAAACUGAGCUUAUUAAGAAGGAACAGCAAUAUAAAGACUGCCUUGAGUACAUUGAGAGACUUGAAAAAGAAAUAAAGCGCUACCAAUCAAUAGUCCCUCUAGAAGCUAUUGAUACAAGAGCUACUUCUGUUGACUAUGUUGAUGAUAUUAAUUCACAUAAAGAAAGCAUGGGAGAGUACAUGGAAUUGGUCAUCAACCAUCCUCUUCUCCAUUCUUAUGAACAGAAUAUUAGGUCUCUAGAAAGAGAUCUUGAAAAUCAAGAAAAUAGCUAUAAUAAUCUCAAAGGAGACCUUGAAAAGACCAUGGAUGAAAAUGAAGAGUUGAAGGUUCUUCUUGUAAAGAAGACCAAAGAACUCAACAAAGCCUUGGAAGGUAACAGCUCGAUUCCUCUUCCAGAUGAGACUGAAAGAGAAAGAGCAAGAAGACUUGGUGGUACUUCUGAAGAAAUGCUCAAUCUGAUUGAAACAAUGAAAAAUGACCAAGAAGCUCUGAUUGAUCAAAUUGAAUCUUUGAAGAUUAGAAAUGAAGGGCUCGAGAAGGUCACUGAAGAGAAAGAAAGUAGGUUCCAUGAACUACAAUCUGCUGCUGAGCAAGCAACUACCGAAUGCUUUAAAAUCAGGCAAGAAUUCGAUAAGCUCAAGCAUACGUAUGAUAGUCUGAAUAAUGAAUUCCAUAUUGUCAAUGGCAAACUGGAGAAAGAAUCAAGAGAAAAGGAUGAUCUUCUUUCAAAAGAGAAGAACUUAGAAAGCAAGAUGAAUGAGCUGAGCAAGCAUCUAAACCACUUGAAAGAAUCAUAUAAUGAACUAGGUGACAAGAAGGCUGCUGAAGUAGAUGCUCUCUCUAGGGAAAUCUCAGAGUCAGACCUUAGAGAAAGAGAACUGAAAGGAAGAAUCGAGAUUUUAGAAAGAGAUAAAUUCGAUGUUGAAGAGGAAUUCCGAAAAAUCAAGAGGGAUCUAGCAGGUACUAAGAAUGACAACCAAAACAUGAUCCAGAUUAUGGAACAAUACGAAACUGAAAUAGAAAAUCACAAAAAGAGAGCUAAGCAAAUAGAUACCUUAUCUGAAGAAUACCAAGAAAAGAUUGAGAAUACUCGCCUUGAAAAAGAUAGGCUGAACCUGAAAGAGCAGCACUAUCUUAGCAAGAUAAACAAGCUUGAAGAAGAAAAUAGGGCUGAUGCCAAAGACAGGGAUGAGAAAUACACCACUUUGAUUGAAAGUUUGAAAGCUAAGCAAAGACUUGUGAUCGAAGAAAGAGACUCUGAGAUAAGCGAACUCAACAAGAGAUAUUCAGACUAUUAUGCUCAGAACGAGAAAAACAAGAUUGAAAAUGAUAGACUUAGAAGUGAAAUCACUAAACUUGAAAAGGCUCUCAGAGAUUCUAAACAUGAAGUUGAUAAAAAGUGUGAUGAUUAUGAGAGAAAGCUAAGAAAUUCUAAUGAAGAAAAAGAUGAGAAUCAUCGCAGACUUGAGAACGACAAUCUUCAAUACAAAAGUGAGAUUGAAACACUUCAGCUUGAUAUCCGUAAUCUCAACCAGAAUUGUAGAGAUCUUGAAUCUAAGCUAGCUACAUAUAAAAGUGAUUAUGAUAAACUUAGUGAAGACUACAGAAGGACAAAGGAAAGUUAUCGAGUUGAGAGAGAAGAGAAGGAGAAUUGUGAGCUUGAAAUGCUUCGUAUUAAGGAUCUCUACAACACAAAGAUGCAGGACCUCCAGAAACGCUUGGAUAAGCACCAAACAGAUGAGACUGAGAAGAACGAGUCUGUGCUAACAGAACGUAACAAUUACUUGAAGAUAAUCAAGAACUUAGAGCAUCUGAAUGAGAAGUGGAAGGCAGAGUUGAAUUCAACUGUGGACUACUUCUCGAGACUGGUGAUGUCUCUCAAUCAGGAGAAUCAGCAAUAUAAAGACCAGAACCUGGAGCUCAAGAAAGAAAUGAAAAGGAAGGAUAUUGGCUAUGGAGUUGAUAAAGACACAAGAUUUGGAAAAUCGAAAUCGAGGGAAAGAAUUAAAUAAUGUAAUUUCUCAAUUUUAGACAAACUAGA